AAGUGUGUGUCGGUGUUAUUUCCAGGUAGCAGUGUAACCCGGGUUAGUGAUGUCGGUGUUUUCCGGGCCGUGCCGGGCCGUGCUGCUGCUGCUGGUCUGUGUGGUCCCUGCUGGGUCCUGGGACGCGGAUCUGGAGCUGCUGGACCUGGUGGAGGAGAUCCCGCAGAGCUUCUACCACUUCCUGUCUGUGGAGCAGGACGCCUCAGCAGCCGAAAUCAAGAAGGCGUACCGACGUCUGUCCCUCAGCCUCCACCCGGACCGCAACAAGGACCCGGACGCUGAGACUCAGUUCAGACAGCUCGUCGCCAUUUAUGAAGUCCUGAAGGACGACGAGAGACGGCGCAGGUAUGAUGACAUCAUGGUGAACGGGCUCCCUGAUUGGAGGCAGCCGGUCUUCUACUACAGACGAGUGAGGAAGAUGAGUAACGGCGAGCUGGCCUUCCUCCUCUUCCUCAUCCUCACCGUGGGACACUACGCCAUCAUCUGGUCCAUCUACCUGGAGAAGCAGCUGGAUGAGCUGCUGAGUAAGAAGAAGAAAGAGAAGAAGAAGAAGCUGAACUCCAGACCUGCAGAGGAGCUCAGGUGUGUGAGCCAGGACAGGGUUCAGGAGCGUCCUCACUGGCAUGACCUCCUCCCUCUGAAGGUCAGCAUCUGGAUCUACCUGUCCAUCAAAAACCUUCCCCAGACCCUGCAGGAGGUGCAGCAGUACUAUGAGGACUACCAGCAGAUGAAGCAGCAGCAGAGAGAGGAAGCUGAAGCUGAGCAGGAAGUUGUGACCAGAGAGAAGAGGCCAAAGGUGAAGAAGCCAAAGGUGGAGUUUCCAGUUUACGAGCCGUCAGCAGAAAACCUGAACUACCAGAGUUACCAGGAGACCUCUUCAAUCGAGGACAUUGAAGACCAGAUGGACGACUGGCUGCAGGACCGCAGGGCUGCAAAGAAGAAGGCUGCAGACUGGACGGAGGACGAGCUGAGCCUCCUCAGCAGACUGAUGGUUAAAUUCCCUGGAGGAACUCCGGGUCGCUGGGAGAAGAUAGCCCAUGAGCUGGGCCGAUCAGUGUCUGACGUGACGACUAAAGUGAAACAAGCCAAAGACAACGUCAGCCUCCCCUCAGGUCUGGUGAAGCUCUCCGAGCUGAAGGGACCGCCUCCUGUGAGGUCACCUCCUGACAGCAUGAUGACUCAGCGGGGGGGCGGGGCCUGUGAGGAGGAGGUGCAGGAGGAGGAGGAGGAGGAGGUUCCGGCGGUCAGGAGGAGGAACAGGAAGCCCCUCCCAGCGGCAGAUGGGGGGGAGGUUCGGGUCAGAGGGAGGCGGCAGAGAGACUUUGACCCCACGGUGGAGGAGGAGGAGCAGGAGGAGCAGCAGGAGGAGCUCAGCAGCUGGACUCAGAGCCAACAGAAGCUGCUAGAACUCGCUCUGCAACAGUUCCCCCGCGGAACCGCAGAACGCUGGGACCGCAUCGCCAAGGUGGUUCCCUCAAAGACCAAGGAGGAGUGUAUGAUCCGUUACAAGAUGCUAGCAGAACUCGUUCAGAAGAGGAAACAAGCGAAGAGCUGAUGACCCUGACCCUGUCUCCUGCUGUGACCUUUGACCUCCCGUCAGGUGAACUGGCUCCUGAUUGGAUGGAUAUGUGUUGUUUUUUUAUGGGCUCACCUGUUCAGGUGUGUUUUUAUAACUGGUGUCAAACAGGACGAUGUCACCUGACCUCUGACCUCACAGCUUCAUGUGCCUUAGCUCAAUCACUUCUGUUCAACUGAUCAAUAAACAUAUUUAUUACCUGCUGCAGUAAAAAGGAGAGCGCUCACUUUGUCAAU